CCCAACCUCCUCGAAGUCUCGAAGGGCAGAACGCGGCGACUCCUCCUCCUCCUCCUCUCCCGACAACUAACGGGCGCGGGGGUGGUUGGUAGCAGUGAGCGGCGGAGGACGGUACUUUCUCUUUCUUCUUGUGUUCAAUCGUCUAGAAGGAAAAAACCCUCCUUUUUCUCGUCUCAGUCAAAGCGAAGGUGCAGCAGAAAACCACCUCGUCAAACGAAAUCGAAAGCAAAGAUCUAUCUGUCUUGUUCGAAUUCAUCUUGAUUUUCCAGAAAACUGUAAGCUUAGGUUUGAUGCGAGAUUCUUGGGAUGCCGAGAAAGGGCAGGAAGAAAACAGUAAAAAAAUCUCCCUUGAAGCCCAAGGACGACGGGAGUGCUGUUCCGGUUACGAAUGGUGCUCUCAAUUUCGAGGAGCGACAACGUGCAUUCAACAGUCGAGAAGUUGAACGGCGAACUUCUGCAAUCCAAGCUAUUUGUAUAGCAGAGACUGAAAACUUGCUCUCGAGGUUGCGCUUGCUUCGAUCGUACCUCAGCAAAGAACAGCUGGAGACUCCUGCAUUGAAAUUUUUCCAUGAGAACUUGCCCAAUGUAACAGUGACGAGGAAUGAGAAGUACCAAGUUUUUGAGUUGCAAUGGAAAAACAGGGAGGAUUAUUUACUUGAAAAUCCUGGUGGUUGCAAAUUUGCUCGUGCUUCAAUUAGUAAUGCUCUCAAUAUGCCAGCAAUGUGUGGCCUUCAGUUUUCAGUCAACUCAGUGAAGAAGAACCUCCUAGAGACUGCAAACCUUCAGAUGCCUGACUUUGGUUUAGAUGAGCCAUCAGAAAAUCAGAUUCGAGGAAGACGAGAUGCAUUUGAAACUCCUGGGGCAACUAGUAACAGGUUAUCUUUUGGCAUGACGCCGAAGACCCUAAGGCUACCAAAGAAUGGUGAGAUGCUCUUGUCUGUUCAUGGUUCACCUCUGGGUGUGUACAAAGAAGAGAGUUUGGCAGCCAUACAUGAAUCUGGAGAUGGAAGUCAUGAAGGUGCUUGCUGAAAUCCGAGGAUCCCUGAUUGGUGGAUCAAAAUUACUAGAAUUAGCUCAAUAGCUUCACGAUAUUAAGCAUGAUUCAUCGACAGAUAGAUAAGAGUAUAUACCCUUUUUCUCUGCCAAUGUAUCACCAGGAUGGACUUUCAGAUGAAGAUGACAUGAUUCUUGAAGUAACAUUACCCUUGAGUUUGACCAUCGAGGAACCGCCAAGCAUCGCCAUUGGCAUCCAAUGAACAUUGACGCAUGUGUAUCUUGUUAAUUUGCAAGCAUCGUGCUUUCAGCUUUAAGUGAAUGUGCUUGUGUUUACGCGAAGCAUUGAGACACCAAACAAAUAUUAAUGAUAGUUAGUAUCCUGUUGUAAUGUAUGACAAUAUCCUAUUAUUACUAAUAGACUUGGACUUCAGCC